UCGCGGCCCAAUGUCUGCAGCAAAAAAUGAAAAUACGAGGAUUUCUCGCCAAAUUAGCCUGUAUUUGGCUGGUUCUCGUAUUCUUCUGUGAGUUUAUCUUCUACUACAUUGUCAUUGGUCAGUGUUCCUGGCCGGAUGACACCGAGAAUGGGCGGGAUUCUCCGGUGAAGGUGAUGCUGCUGGCCGAUACUCAUCUGUUGGGCCCCUAUCGAGGGCACUGGUUCGACAAACUUCGCCGAGAGUGGCAGAUGCAGAGGAGUUUUCAGACAGCAGUCAAUCUCUUCAAUCCGGACGCAAUAUUCGUCCUCGGUGAUCUGUUUGAUGAAGGAAAGUGGGUGAAUGAUCAGGAAUUCCAGGAUUACGUGGAUCGAUUCUACAGCAUCUUCUCAAUUCCCUCAACCACACAACUUUUUGGCAUCGUUGGGAAUCAUGACAUUGGAUUCCACUAUCAAGCACAUCCGAAGCUGGUGAAACGCUUCCAGGGAGAGUUUCACACGACCGGAGUGUCUCUUGUGACUCUCAAGAAUGUGCACUUUAUCCUCGUGAAUUCCAUCGCAAUGGAGGGCGACGGCUGCAAUCUCUGCACAGAGGCUGAGAAUCAACUGAGAAACAUUUCGCGCAUCCUGAAGUGCACCAGAAACGUGGGCAAUUGCAAAGGCGUGCCCACUCUGGCAAGCUACAGCAAGCCCAUUCUACUGCAACACUAUCCGCUGUACAGAGAGUCGGACAGGGAUUGCCAGGAGCAUGAUCCGAUUCCUCUGGAGCUCUAUCGAGAGCGCUGGGAAGUGCUUUCCCAGGAGUCUUCGGAUCUCUUAGGAGAGCUCGUCGAUCCCCGGAUAGCCUUCUCAGGGCACAGUCACAACUACUGUCGUCUAGUCAGCCGCCUGGGCAUCACAGAAUACACGAUUUCCUCCUUCAGUUGGAGGAACAAGAACAACCCAAACUUCCUCCUGGCCAGCUUCACACCCAACACACAAGAGGUGCGGAAGUGCAACAUGCCCAAAGAAUCCACCGUGAUCACCAUGUACGCCAUCGGAGGAAUGCUGUCUGUGAUUCUGGCCACUCUCAAGUGGACCUGCGUCAACCGUCGUCAUACGAAAAUCUUUUGAAAGAUCCGGCUUUUC